UCUUUUCUCUCUCUCUCUCUCUCUCUUUCUCUGUUCAAUUUUCUUCUCUUGCUACUGUUUAUCUUCUUGGGUUCUUCACUUGUUUUGAUCCCAACACCUCAAAAUCUCUUGGGAAUCUCAAAUGGGCUGUUUCUAUUCUAGCUUCUGACUUCUCAAAAUCUCUCAAUCCUUUGUUUUUCUCUCCUUUCUUUGAUAAGAGAGCUCCGGUGCUCUGAUGGGUUUUGUCCAUUGUAGAUUCUUUCUCUGAAAAUUCCUUCUUUAUUUGAUUUCCUUCUCUUUUGUGGCAUCUAGGUCUCAUCUGAAAUGGGAAACAGGGGAAUUCUCUCGUAUCUUCUCUGCUUCCUCUUUCUCCUUCGAUCUUCCUCUGUUUACUCACAAACCCAACCCUGCAAUCCAAAUGAUCUCAACUCGUUGAGAGUUUUUUUAACUGGUCUCAAUGCUACAAUCCCAGGCUGGAGCUUCAGCACCUCCGAUUGCUGCUAUUGGCGCGGAGUUUCCUGCGGCGUCGGCCGGAGAGUAAUUGGAUUGGAUCUCUUCAACAUGAGCUUGAAAGGGUCAAUUUCUGAAUCAUUAUCUGGUUUGGAUCAAUUGAGAAGGAUCAAUUUCUCUGGUAAUUCUCUUCAUGGCCUUGUUCCGAGACAAAUUUUCCAUCUUCAGAAGCUGGAGCAGCUUGAUCUCAGUGCCAACGAGCUCUCUGGUUCAAUCCCCUUGGAUGCUAAUAUUCCGUCGAUCCAGUUCCUGAAUAUUUCUCGCAAUCUGUUCAAUGGGAGUCACCCGAUUCUCGCAGGAUCGAAAAACUUGAGCACUUUCGAUGUCAGUUUCAAUGAGUUCGCUGGUAGUAUCAAUACUAGCAUCUGCAAUGACUGGGCAGCUAUUCAAAUCCUUCAGUUUUCGAUGAAUUUCUUUUCCGGUGAGUUUCCUGUUGGAUUUGGAAACUGCAGCUUGCUGACUGAGCUCUCUUUGGAUGUGAAUGAGAUUUCUGGCAACCUGCCUGAAGAUUUGUUCAAGCUCUCAUCUUUGACGAGGUUCUCUAUUCAGCAAAAUCGGGUUUCGGGCAGAUUGGAUGCUGCAAUCAGUAAUCUCUCUAAUCUUGCGCAGUUGGAUAUUUCUGUUAAUGAUUUCUCAGGAACUAUACCAAAUGUGCUCAAUAAUCUCAAAAGGUUGGAGUCUUUUUCUGCUCAGUCUAAUAGAUUCCAGGGUCCUUUACCUUCAUCCCUAUCUAACUUGUCUACACUCAAGGUACUUAACUUGAGAAACAAUUCUCUGAGUGGUAAAAUUUCUCUAAAUUUCACUGCCAUGACUCAAUUAAGCUAUCUUGAUCUCGGGUCAAAUCUUUUUACUGGUACUAUUCCUUCUGACCUGUCACAAUGUUCAAAACUCAAGCUCUUGAAUCUGGCAAACAACAGUCUUGCUGGAGAGAUCCCUGAUAGCUUCAAGAGUCUUGUUUCACUAUCAGAUCUCUCCCUCUCAAAGAAUUGCUUGUCUAAUAUAUCUUCCGCAUUGGGGAUCCUGCAGCAUUGCCCAAGCCUUACCAAUUUGGUCCUCACGAGAAAUUUCCUUGGCGGUGAAAGAAUGCCUGUAAAUGGGAUUCAAGGAUUUACAAAUGUGGAAGUUCUCGUUAUUCCCAAUUGCGGCCUCUCAGGAUUCGUGCCAACUUGGCUGAUCAAUUCUACGAAAUUGAAGGUCUUGGAUUUGUCAUGGAAUCAAUUAGAAGGGUCAAUCCCUUCAUGGAUUGGGAAUCUUGAACAUCUUUUCUAUUUGGAUCUCUCGAACAAUUCUCUUGCUGGAGAAAUCCCUAUUAGCUUGACACAGAUGAAGGGUCUCAUUUCGUCUGAUAACUCAUCACAACAUACCUCGAUACAAAACUUCCCCUUCUUCAUCAGAAGGAAUAUUACAGCCAAAGGUUUGCAGUACAAACAGGUGAGCAGCUUCCCGCCAUCUCUGAUGCUUUGUAGCAACAUGCUUGUCGGAUCGAUAUUGCCAGGGUUUGGAGAUCUUAAGAUGCUUCAUGUGUUAGCUUUAGACAACAAUCGCCUCUCUGGUAACAUUCCUGAAGAAUUAUCAAAUAUGUCAAGCUUAGAAACCUUGAAUUUGGCACACAACAAUCUCACUGGUAGCAUUCCAGAGUCACUGGUAAAACUCAAUUUUCUAUCGAGUUUCGAUGUGUCUUAUAAUGAUUUGGUUGGUCCGAUUCCUUCUGGAGGUCAAUUCUCGACUUUCACAACUGCAGAUUUUGACGGAAACCCUGGCCUUUGUAAUUCUAGCUCAUCUUCAUCUUCAUCUUGUACUGCAAAAAAUUCUAUUCAAUCUGUGAAGAAAAGGAGGAACAAAGGCAUAAUUGUUGCGAUGACAUUUGGGAUUGGGCUAGGGACGGCUAUUUUACUUGCUAUUGUUUACUUGAUUGUUUCAAGACCUCAUUCAAGAAUACAAGAAGAUACUGCAAAAGAGGAGGCAAGCGCAAAUGGGUAUUUAGAAACUGCCGGUUCUACAUUAGUCCUUCUGUUUCAAAACAAGGAUAAUACAGAGAUAACCAUCGGCGAUAUCAUGAAGUCAACUGGCAAUUUUUCCCAAGAAAAUAUAAUUGGAUGUGGGGGCUUCGGUCUUGUUUACAAAGCAACUCUCUCUGAUGGCAGAAAAGUCGCUAUCAAGAGGCUUUCAGGUGAUUAUGGUCAAAUGGAGAGAGAAUUUCACGCUGAAGUUGAAGCCCUUUCUAGAGCACAGCACGAAAAUCUUGUUCUACUUCAAGGUUAUUGCAAGAUUGGGAACGAUAGGCUCUUAAUUUAUUCGUACAUGGAGAAUGGAAGCUUGGACUAUUGGCUUCAUGAGAAGUUCGAAGAAGGAUCAGCGCUAGAUUGGGAAACAAGGCUUCGGAUAGCUCAAGGUUCAGCAAGGGGAUUAGCUUAUUUACAUCAAUCAUGUCAGCCUCAUAUACUUCAUCGUGACAUAAAAUCAAGCAACAUACUCCUUGAUGAGAAUUUCGAGGCUCAUUUGGCAGAUUUCGGGCUUGCAAGGCUUGUACUUCCUUAUGAUACUCAUGUGACAACUGACUUAGUUGGUACUUUGGGAUAUAUACCUCCUGAAUAUGGUCAAUCUUCGGUUGCUACCUUCAAAGGCGAUGUUUAUAGCUUUGGUGUUGUUCUUUUGGAGCUUUUAACUGGUAAAAGGCCUGUAGACAUGUCGAAGCCUAAGGGGUCUAGAGAUCUUAUAUCGUGGGUGAUUCAAAUGAAAAAUGAUAAGAGGGAAGCUGAGGUUUUUGAUCCAUUUAUAUACGAUAAGGAGAAUGAUGGCCAGAUGAUCAAGAUGCUCGACAUUGCUUGCCUUUGCUUGAGCAAUUCGCCGAAGUUGAGGCCAUUGACACAUCAAUUAGUUACAUGGCUUGAUAAUAUUGGCCUUGCUGGGCAAUUAAUAAAGUGAGAGGAUAAUGUUUGCUUAUGUGAGCAAUUGUUGGAGAUGACCCCAGGAGAUGGUGAUCCAUUUGUGUAAAUAUAUAUUUGCAUAUAAUCAAGCACUUCUUCUAUGAAUAUAGAGGAGAUGCAAUAAGCACAGGCGCAAUUAUUACAGGCUACAAUAUACAUCUCGAUAAGCUGUAAGUUAUUACACUUUUCCCCCUUUUUGUAAUUGAUACCGUAGCUUUAUUUCAAAUACAAAUCAGUGCAUUGAAUCUCACUGUCAUUGGAGUUGAUCCCAUACUCCAUGCUAUUGAAGAUAUAAAUACAAUUAUAGUGACAUGUAAAAUAGGCAUUUUUCUGAAGAAAUUUUGUUUGGUUGUUUUUCUUUCAAAAC